AUGUCUAUAGACAUUAUUAUCCCCUCACUAGGUGAAUCUGUUGCUGAAGGAUCAAUUGCUUGUUGGUUAAAACAACAUGGUGAUUAUGUUCAAGCUGAUGAAGUCGUUCUUGAACUUGAAACAGACAAAGCUGCGAUGGAGAUCACCGCACCGGUAGCAGGUGUUUUAAAAAUAGAUAUUGAGGCUGGAGAAACAGUAGAAGUUGGUACCUGUGUAGGUACAGUAGAUUCUCAGGCAGCAGCUCCAACAUCUAUUGACGUUGAAGGAAAUAGCAACGUUACAAGCAGUGAUAGCAAUGUCUUGGAAGAUGAUACAGUACAAACUGAUUCUUCUACAUCCUAUAGUCCGGCUGUACGACAUUUACUGCAGGCUAAUGGCUUAAACGCUGAGUCUAUUGUUGGAACAGGUCCAAAAGGUCGACUAACUAAAGGAGACGUACUAGCUUAUCUCGAGUCACAGAAAGACACCGCUCCUGAAGGUAUUAAUCUUGAUUUAGAAGAAACUGAAAAACCAUUAUCAGCAAUGACGCCAUCAUCUUUCUUGACAACGCCAGAAGACGUUCAGCGUGUUCCAAUGACAAAGUUAAGGCAGCGUAUUGCAGAGCGUCUUGUGGAAGCUCAGCAGCAAGCAGCUAUUUUGACAACAUUUAAUGAAGUCGAUAUGUCUGCGGUAAAAGAAUUGAGGUCUCGUUAUCGUGAUACAUUUGAACAACGCUAUGGUGUACGGCUUGGGUUUAUGUCUCUUUUUGGACGAGCCUGUAUCCAAGCUUUAAAAGAAAUACGUGAAGUGAACGCACAGAUAGAUGGUACCGAUUUGGUCUACUACAACCAUGUCCAUUUAGGUAUUGCUGUUGGUACAGCUCGCGGGUUAGUUGUUCCUGUUAUUAAAAAUGCUGAUACCUUAUCCAUUGCUGAGCUUGAAUUAGCAAUUAAUACCUUGGCUGAAAAGGCACGAGAUGGGAAAAUUACACCAGAUGAUUUAAGCGGUGGUACCUUUACAAUUAGUAAUGGCGGUGUUUAUGGAUCCUUACUCUCAACACCAAUUUUGAAUCCACCUCAAACAGGAAUUUUAGGGAUGCAUAAAAUUGAAGAACGUCCUGUUGUUGUCAACGGUGAAAUUGUGAUACGUCCAAUGAUGUAUUUAGCUCUUUCCUAUGACCAUCGUGUGAUAGAUGGAGAACAAGCGGUUUCGUUUUUGGUACGUAUCAAAAUGUAUUUAGAAGAACCAGCACGUAUGUUACUCAAUCUUUAA